AUGAGAUUUGGUCUCAAGAUAACAGCUAAUAAACAACUUUCGAUAGACAACUUCAUGGUAUGCAAUAAACGGGGAGGUAGCGAGAUCGUCGAGAUGGCAAGUGGUCAAGGAGGGAAGUUCAGAAACUCUACCUGGCAAUCAAGCUUCACGUCCAUGGCUUCUCGCUCUCUCCUCUAUGCCUUCUCCUUCCUCGCCUUUGCCUCCAUCUGCAGCUGCAGACAACUCGAGGAGAAGGACAACCAGUUCAGUCUCGCAUCAGUGAGAGAGUUCUUGACCAGGGAGGAAGACAGUAUUGUGUUCAGCCUCAUAGAGAGGGCCAAAUACCCCUCCAACUUUCCUGUGUAUGAUCCUUCUUACUUGGCCGGAGCAGCCUUCCCAUACCACAACCAUUCCCUGGUCGACAUCUUUGUCAGGGAGUCGGAGGCAGUGCAGGCCAGGGCCGGAAGAUAUCAAAACCCAGAGGAGAUUCCCUUCUUCCCAGAGAAUCUGGUGCCGCCAUUAGUCCCUCCUUACCAAUAUCCAAAGGUGUUAUAUCCUGCUGCUGCAUCAGUGAAUGUUAGAGACACCAUAUGGCAAAUGUAUUUUGAUCAACUUCUUCCACAAUUCACUUCAAAAGGAGAUGAUGGCAGAUAUGCACUCACAGCAGCUGCAGAUCUUGUGUGUUUACAGGCACUUUCAAGGAGGAUCCACUAUGGAAGAUUUGUGUCAGAAGCCAAGUUCAGAGAUGCCCCAAAUAACUACAGCAGUGCAAUCAGAGCUAAAGAUAGGGAUGCUUUGAUGAGAUUGCUAACGUUUGAGGUUCAAGAAGAAACAGUGAAGAGGAGGGUGGAGGAGAAGGCCAAGGUGUUUGGGCAAGAUGUGACUGUAGAUAAUGGAACAAGCACAAACGAGAGCAGUCGUCCCCAGUACAAGGUUGAUCCAAAUGUAGUUUAUCAUCUUUAUGGAAAUUGGGUCAUACCUUUCACAAAGCAAGUGGAAGUGGAAUACCUUCUCCAUCGCCUUGAUUGAUGAUGCAAUCAUGCAACAAGUCUGAUAUUAUUCUUUGGUGCUGAAUUUAGAAAGUUAUAUGUGAUGCCUACGUAGAAAUAACUGACUGUUAAAUUUAUCUGGGAGUGAAACAAAACAGUCUUAUCUGAUGGGCAUCAGUUCUCCUUGUUUCCAUUUUAACAGUUCGUGCAAUG